UUUUGACGUUACUGUACUGUACUGUGUACCGCAAAGUCCAAACUUUGAAUAAAAUCUGGAAGGAUUUUAAAUCCCCUAAAUCGUUUAAAGUAUGUGUAAAACAAACAGAAUGCGGUUACUAACGAGUCAGAAGUGAAAGAAAUCCACCAUGGCUCUAAGGAUGCAAGUUCCGGAGCUAAGAUGCAUGGAACCGGAGAACUACAAGAAGUAUUUCCGUACACUCUGUUGGAGUGGGACCAAGAAGGAAAAAAGAUCCCAUAAAAGAAUCAGCAAGAAGGAAAAACUCCGGCGGCUCAAAGCAGCGAACGCACUAGCGGUUUGCUAUGCUCCGGCACUUCUCGGUAACCCAUCUCAAUUCGCCGUGUAUGCCAGCGUGCGCAAGUCCAUCCUGUCUCGCUGGCGACACCUCCACGGCGCGGCGUCCGACCUGUCCGACGACAGCGACAGCGAGGACUCCUCGCCACUGCCAGUCAACAAGCUACCCAAGAUCACAGGAAUAGGUCUUCGCUCCGUGUUUUCCCUUAUAUCGCAAGCGCGCUUCACUAAUGCAGAUUUCUGUGAAGUGGCGCUGGCCGCAUUAUUGGACGUGCUGCAGGGUCACGCUCCUGAAGAACUGGCGCAAGAACCCACUGAUAUAAUAAUCAACCUGCACAGCAUGUUGGUGGAGAUCGCGAGCGGUAGCGGCGCCGGGGCGCGGUCGGAGGCGGCGUGCUCGCUGACCGCGCUGAGCGCGUCGUGCCUCGUAGCGCUGUCGGUGGCGCGCGGGGAGGCCGACCUCAUCCUCAACGCAGUCGCCUCGCUCAUCAUGACCUCCACUGAUCUCUCCGAACAGUACCUACAGAUCCCGGCGAACCUCAUAACUCUCCAGCGGAGCGUGCAGUCGGUGAUACUGGGGUCUCCGUCCCGCAACCUGUGGCUGAACUACGGCGUGCCGCACCAGGCGCUGGUCAGCAGCUUCCCUGUGGAGCUGCCGCCGCAGCUCACCGGCCCCGGCGAGCUGGUGGUGCGCUCGCUCGUUUCCGACGGCUGCUACCUCUACGUCUUCACCUCCAAGGGCCUGCUCAAGAUAGGCUCCGGCUACGGCAGCUCCAUCAGGCAGCAUGUCUAUCUGCACAAGCCGGACUUCUUCGCGAGCGAUCGUCACGGCUGGCUAGGGUUUUGUCAGGGUAAAUUAUAUAUAAGGAUAGGCAGGAAAAAGACUGAAGUUUAUGAAAUAGAUAGAGAGAGUUUCGAAGUAAGGAACAUGAUACGACUAGACCCUGGUCAGCCGGCCCCUGUGGAACCCAAGUCAGCUGUUUUCACGGAUGGGAACCAACUAGGACUGAUAGUACUAACUAAUUUUGACAACCUUACGAUCCGCAUGUACGACACGGAGACGCAGCCCAUGCAGAACGAGGGCACGGCCGCCAUCACGCUGACGUCGCAGAAGGAGAUGAACGUGCACCUGCUGCGGCGGCGCACGCUGGUGCUGGGGCGCAGCGCCUUCGAGGAGGGCGUGCCGCGGCGCGGGGACGCCGACGCGCCGCUCGCCAUGCAGCUCGACGACUGCGACGAGGACCCGCUGCUCAGCAUCUACGCCGGGCAGGACUUCGCGCUGCUCACCACCGCCUCCGGGAAGGUAUACUAUACUGGAAAAGGCGCCAGUCUCGGCUACAAGGCGGCUUCUCCGCAGACCGGUCGCUGGACUCUCAUGAAGGAGACUAUAUUCUCUAGAAACGAAGCGCCUAACGUCAAGAGAUGCAAAGUUAUACAGGUGGCCGUGGGCCACGAGGGCGUGCACGGCGUGCUGGUGCUGGACAACGGCUCGGCGCUGUUCACGGGCGUGGCGCGUCGUGGCGAGGACGGCGACGCCAUCCGCCACCGCCGCCAGCCCAAGCCCACCAGACCCAAGAAGAUAUUCAAGGCGGAAGGUCAGUUCGUGGUGUACGCGGCGUGUAACUACGGGUCCACGGCGCUGGUGACGCGUCAGGGCCAGCUGCUCAUGUUCGGCAAGGACACGCAGCACUGCGACUCCGCCGGACAGGUGCUGGGCCUGCGACACGAGCGGAUCAUACAGGUGGCGCUCGGCAAAGCUCACGCCGUGGCUCUCACGAACUUCGGUUUGGUGUACACAUUCGGUAUCAACAACAAGGGUCAAUGCGGACGGGAGUUUGGAUACACUAAAGAGAAAGCGUGGGGCGGGCGACGCGGCGGCGCGGAGGGUCCGCGCGCUUGCGCGGGCGGGCACGCGUGGGGUGCGGGGCAGUGCCGCGUGUGCGUGCUGUGCCGCCACUGCACCGGCUUCGCCAGCGCCUGCCACUGCGCGCACCUGCCCGACCGCCUGCCCGGACAGCGCUGCGGUUGCGGCGAGGGCGACAGCGGGUGCUCGGCGUGCGGCAUCUGCCGGCGCUGCGCCGACGCCGCGCCCGCCCGCCGCGCCGCCCUCGACGACGACGCCGCCGCGCCGCCCUCGCACUCCACCAGCGAAUCUUUCGCGGAAGAUAGUUUUGUCUCUUGA